AUGUUGGUCGGCGCUAAUCUGUGUACGCCGGGGGUGUUGUUUCCGAGUUUUAUGCAGAAUCAACUGGUGAAGGCCGUGAGUCCUACACAGGAGGCUCCUGUGAGGAUGGUGACGUCGAUGCCUUCUACUCCGGUGCACAGCGCGUCUGACAAGCGCUCCUCACCUCUGACGCCGGCCGAGCGCACGGGGGCCCCGCCAGGUGCUGGCAAGGACGCCGUGAAGCUUUUCAUAGGCCAAAUUCCGCGGCACCUCGAAGAGAAGGACUUGCGGCCGAUGUUUGAGGAGUUUGGCAAGAUUUAUGAGCUCACAGUGCUGAAAGAUAAGCACACUGGCAUGCAUAAAGGUGGGUGA